AGGUAACGCUGAUAACAUCAGGGUAAAUAAACCUCCGACAAAACAAUAUAUACCAUGUUUUGAAGCGUCUUGUGAAGUUCCCCGCUUGUCGAACCACAUUGGCCCUUGUCGAGAAAUAUGGUGCGUCAGUGACACUGAUAACAGCAGGGUAAAUAAACCGCCGACAAAACAAACGAAAUAGACCGUGUCAUUGACCAGACUCCGUGUUGGUCAUCGCUGGACAACAGCCUAGUGACCCCACUGCUGACCACCUUGUUUUUGGACUGAGAGGAGGUGGGUCCAGACUGGCAACAAUAGCUCUUAAUCACUUUACUUUUGUUUCGGGUUAUCAGAACGCUGACAUGAUUCUGAUUGGCGCGUUCAGCCGACACAUUAUAUAAGGUCGUGGAUAAGUCUAAAUCCAUUUACACACAUCGCUUACUGUUCUUGUAGUUAUUUCGACUUGUGAUAUUUGUUCCUGCAUUUCUCAGUGAUUUAGGGAUAAUUCUAGUUCUGGGAGUUUCUGGCUGCAUAAGAUAAAAAUAUCAUGGACAAAGGUAUUCACUCUACACCGCCUAAACCUAGAUGCAUGAAACGAGAGUACGGUGCUAGAGACAAUCAUCAAGGUUGGCGGGAACAAGUUAAGAAUGUCAAGAAGAAUCUGAUGUCCGCUAUAGAUAGGGGUGACCACGUGACAGUCUCCAACAUCAUUGGUUCACAGAUCCAUGUGACAACACACAGCGGAAGGAAGAUCGUCAACCAAGCUUUCGUGCGAGCUUGUCUCGCGGGCAAGGAGCAGAUCGUGUCGCUUCUGCUUUGUAAGGGAGCAGACGUCAACGAGGUGUCCAAAGAUGACGUCACACCACUCAAAGCCGCCAUUUUGUCCAAUUCUUACCCCGUUGUUGAACUAUUGCUAAAAUGUGGCGCUUCUGUUAAGACCCACACAAGGCAACGAGAAGACAGUGUUCUGCAUUUGGCGCUGAAGAGAGGAUUUCUCCCAGAUCCGGUCAUCGGGGCAGACAAAUGGGAAGUCAAAUAUAUGACUGACACCAACAUAAUCAAGCUAUUAAUUGACAAUGGGGCAUUAGUCAACCAAACUUGUAAAGAUGGUUAUCUGCCCCUGUCCCUUGCUGCCUCUGCUAAAAGAGACUCAGUGGUCAGUCACCUGAUCAAGAAAGGAGCUGAAGUCAACAGAGUGGACACUAGAUAUGGAAUGACUCCAUUAAUGCACGCAGCUAUAGCCGGCAAUGUUCACAUUGUGAAACUGUUACUAAAAUAUGGCGCCAAACUAGACAUCACCGACAAGUGGGACUACUCGCCACUUAUGUUGGCGGCACAAUUCAAAAGUCAUUUGGUCGUGUCGUGUUUGAUACAAAAUGGCGCUGACGUCAACAAGGUCAGUGAGUUUGACGGGAAGAGUCCGUUGAUUCUCGCCACAGAGUCCAACUGCUGUGAUACAAUGCAGACCUUACUUCAACACGGGGCCCAUGUCAACUACAGCAAACCUUUUCACAAGCGUGGCACGACCGCCUUGAUGAUUGCCGCCAAAUUGGGAUCAAGUGAAGCUGUGAACAUUUUGCUUUCGUACAAAGCAGACGCGAGCCUGAGAGAUGAAGAUGGCGCCACUGCUGUCUCUUUAUGUUCAGAUCAGAAGAUUGCUAAUUCAAUAAACAUGUUGAAAUACUACUUUAAGAGCAAUUAUAAAGAACAAGAUAUGGAGAAAGAGAUAAGUGUCUACUCUACACCGCCUAUAUCAAGGUGUAGGAAAAGAGAAUAUGCAGCAAGGGAUAAUCAUCAAGGUUGGCGGGAACAAGUUAAGAAUGUCAAGAAGAAUCUGAUGUCCACUAUAGAUAGGGGUGACCACGUGACUGUCUCCAACAUCAUUGGUUCACAGGUCCACGUGACAAUACACAGCGGGAGGAAGAUCGUCAACCAAGCUUUCGUGCGAGCUUGUCUCGCGGGCAAGGAGCAGAUCGUGUCGCUUCUGCUUUGUAAGGGAGCAGACGUCAACGAGGUGUCCAAAGAUGACGUCACACCACUCAAAGCCGCCAUUUUGUCCAAUUCUUACCCCGUUGUUGAACUAUUGCUAAAAUGUGGCGCUUCUGUUAAGACCCACACAAGGCAUCGAGAAGACAGUGUUCUGCAUUUGGCGCUGAAAAGAGGAUUUCUCCCAGAUCCGGUCAUCGGGGCAGACAAAUGGGAAGUCAAAUGUAUGACUGACACCAACAUAAUCAAGCUAUUAAUUGACAAUGGGGCAUUAGUCAACCAAACUUGUACAGAUGGUUAUCUGCCCCUGUCCCUUGCUGCCUCUGCUAAAAGAGACUCAGUGGUCAGUCACCUGAUCAAGAAAGGAGCUGACGUCAACAGAGUGGACACUAGGUAUGGAAUGACUCCGUUAAUGCACGCCGCUAUAGCCGGCAAUGUUCACAUUGUAAAACUGUUACUAAAAUAUGGCGCCAAACUAGACAUCGCGGAUAACUGGGACUACUCGCCACUUAUGUUGGCGGCACAAUUCAAAAACCAUUUGGUCGUGUCGUGUUUGAUACAAGGUGGCGCUGACGUCAACAAGGUCAGUGAAUUUGACGGGAAGAGUCCGUUGAUUCUCGCCACAGAGUCCAACUGCUGUGAUACAAUGCAGGUCUUACUUCAACACGGGGCCCAUGUUAACUACAGCAAACCUUUUCACAAGCGUGGAACGACCGCCUUGAUGAUUGCCGCCAAAAUGGGAUCACGUGAAGCUGUGAACAUUUUGCUUUCGUACAAAGCAGACGUGAGUCUGAGAGAUGAAGAUGGCGCCACUGCUGUCUCUCUAUGUUCAGACCAGGAGAUGGUUAACGUAAUAAACAUGUUGAAAUACUAGUCAGUUAUUGUUCUGAUUA